GUCAUCCGCCAAGUCCGACCUAGACCAACAUGCACGAAGUAUAGAGGAGCUUUCGUCCGAAGCAGAGGCCGCUGCCACGUCGGCUAUGUUUGUGUUCACAGCGGACAAGGCUGGUAUGAAAGGCGUGGACAAACAACAUGUCCAGGAGGUGGUGCACAAGAUGUCCAAGGACUCGUCUUUCUUUCAGAAAUCUCUACGUGAUAACGCUAAGGUGGAGCAACGUGUAGCAGCCAUGCGCGAGAAACUCGCGUGCUUGACAGGCAGUCAGAUACAGCGCUUACAACAGGAGGCUGAUGCACGAGUGGCGCAGUUGGAGGCGACGCGAGACCUUUCGCGAACUAUUGUGGUCGUGGACAUGGACAUGUUCUACGCUGCCGUCGAAAUGCGGGAUGACCCAAAGCUGCGUGACGUGCCACUCGCAGUCGGUGGUCUCGGUAUGAUAAGUACAACCAACUAUGCGGCGAGACAGUUUGGCGUACGUGCUGCUAUGCCGGGUUUCAUUGGCAAGGAACUGUGUCCAGACCUCCAUUUUGUGCCUGUCAACAUGAAAAAGUACGCCGGUGUCGCUGCUGAGAUCCGUGCUGUGUUUGCGGAGUACGAUCCGGACUUUGAAGCUUUCAGUCUGGAUGAAGCGUGUCUUGAUCUCACGGAUUAUAUUGCGGAGAACUGGCAAAAGUAUAUUUCGGAUGCGAUGGAUGAAAUCGAGAGUAAGGAGAGCGACAAGGAAGAAUGGGCCUCGACAGCCUCCGGUCGAGCAGCCAUUGCAGCUGUUGUAGUUCGUGAGCUGCGUAAGAAGGUUUUCGACUGUACACAGCUGACGGCAAGUGCUGGAAUUGCAGUGAACUCUAUGCUCGCUAAGAUCUGCUCGGAUAUGAACAAGCCCAAUGGACAGUAUGUGUUACCCUUCUCACGCGAGCGCGUGAUGACGUUUAUUCGAGAACUCCCUGUGCGUAAGAUCGGUGGCAUUGGCAAAGUCAUGGAAAAGACUCUCAACGAGGCGCUCGAUGUGCAAACGGGAGGCGACCUAUUUGAUCAGCGUGGCAAGAUCGCUCAUUUGUUUUCGGGAAAGACUGCAAUGUGGUUGCUGCAGACAUCUCUGGGGGUUCAAGAGCGUCGAGAAAAACAAGAACGCAAGAGUUUCAGCCGAGAACGCACUUUCAAAAGGUUAAGUGACCCAAAGCAGCUUGAGGAGAAGUCGGGAUCACCGCCAUGCCUUCUCCCAGAUCCUCGGCGUGUAGAUCCUCGCCUUCACGCGCAGCGAUCGCUCGGCGUCGCUGCAAUUGGAGCCGACGUCUGCAGCGACGUUAACGUGGUCAUCGACCCAGUGGUAGUUAAAGAAACCCGUCGGGUUGGCUUUGUUUGUGUGUGCACCAUGUACAUACGAAAUUGCUCCACCCACAAUUUCGUAGGAACCAGGGGACCCGGUCCAUCCAAACGGGGCACAGAGCUUGAUUAUCAGCGCGUCCUCCUCGUCGACGACGCCUUUCCUGAGGUUGACAACAAGCCUUGCCCAAUUUGUGGGAAGCUGUUGAACACCCAGAACAACUUCGAGGUGAACGCUCACAUUGACGCGUGCACCAAUAGGAAACAGUCGUCGUCUUUGUCGUCGUCACCAUUGCGGCAUGCAACGUACAAGAAACAGCAGAAGAGAUCUAUUUCUCAAGCGUUUACGACCGUCCAGAAGUUUAUGAAGAGCUCUGAGGAAGACUCAAAACCGUGUCCAAUCUGUGGCAAGCUGCUGAAUGCUCGGAGCAACAUGGAAGUGAACGCGCACAUGGAUGCUUGUGUUACCAGGGAUCCAUCGCCACAAAAGAGAACGAUAGGGAAGAAGAGAGACGCGCAAGACAUGUCUAAAAUCGAUGUCUUUUUCCGAAAAGACAACAACAACUAA